AUGUCUGUUGCACGGACAGCCUUCGCCCUGGCGAGGCGAGGCCCUCUGCGCGUUCCUAUACGCCGAACAUUUGCGACCUCCUCUCUGCGCAAGGCCAGCAAGUACGAAUUGAAGCCCAGCGACAAUCCGGGCAAGCUUAUUCCUUUCGAUGAGGUCAAGAAAGAGUCAGAUCUACUCGGACCCGGGGCUCCCCCUGGUACUAUUCCCACCGAUCUCGAGCAGGCCACCGGUCUCGAACGUCUCGAAAUCCUCGGAAAGAUGCAGGGCAUAGAUAUCUUCGAUAUGAGACCUUUACCGUCUGACCGUGUUGGCACGUUCGAGGAUCCUAUCGUCGUGAACUCAGCUGGCGAAGAGCUCCAAUGUGGUUGCACUGGCUGUCCAGAAGAUUCGCACCAUGUGCGCUGGGUGGUUGUAUCACGCGAUCGACCGUACGAGCGAUGCGACGAGUGCGGCAGUGUCUACAAGAUGAAAUACAUUGGGCCCCCUGACGACCCACACGACCACCAUCACCACCAUGGCUACUCGGAGCCUAAGACCAUGGCCGAUUACGUGAAGGAAGACUACUGGUACAGAUAA